CCAAACCUCUUCAAUCCCACAAGUCUCAUCAAGACGCACCAUUCAUUGAUGCAAGGCUACAUGCAGAAGCAGGAAGGCAGGCACAUAUGUACAUCGACCGACCAGUCCGUCACUCAGCCACAGACACGCCUUGGACACGAACACCCAGAGAAAGUCGAGUCGUCAGAGAAAAACUCCGGCAACCGAAACCCAGACCACCCACCCUCACCAUCCACUUCCAGAGCACACGAAGGAAGAGGCUAUCAUCCAACCAGGCAGGACAGCCCCGGUUGCACACCCACACCCACCCUAUAGGAUGAAAACGACGCAAUAUCUACAAAACCAUAGGUGUCGAUCGACUGUCGACAGGCGAAUACGAUACACACAUGGACGAAUCGCAUCUGUGGGACCUUGUUCAUUCAUUCGUUCUUCGUGUGGUGUGAGUGCCUUGGAUUGGUGGAGCUCAAUCAUGAGCAAUACUCACUGAUCGCUGAUACUCACUGAUUCAUGAUCACCACUUGCAGCCAUCCAUCCAUUCAAUCACCCAGCACCCACCCAUCGACAUCACUCACUCACUCACUCACUCAAAACAAGCAACAAGCAAUGGUGUGUCUCACCUAUAGCUAACAGUCCUAUCGAACUCAUCUACACACCCCGAAGUGACGAUUUCGAUUUCAUUUUCGUCACCAACAGGUUCGGUUCGUCAUCAAACUGUGCAGGUAGUCACAGAUCUGCUGCUGCCGCCUGACAGCCAGAAGGAUAGAGAGAUACCAGAGGCCGGCCAGUACGAUCAUGAUGGUGGCUGUGGCGAGGCAGCGGCGGGCCCACUUCUGCCUCUGCGACCCCUUCUUAGCGUCCAGGUUGAGGCAGAAAGCCAAGCAGCCAAUGAUGGGGAAGAAUAUCGCCAACACGCACGACACCUGAUGUACAAGAUCGCCAACACACACACACACAACACGCCUUGCAAGUUGGGUGGGGGGUUGCGUCGUUGCUGCCUGCCUGCCUGCCUGCCCGUCCAUCGGUCCAUCGAUCUCACCUUCGCGCAGAGCGUCCACGACUUGUCAUCUUCGUCUUGUUGUUGCGGCUCCGGCACCACCACCUCCGGCACGGUGAUCACAUGUGCAAUGGAGGGCGCGCCGUACGCCGGCGGAGUAGCGCUGUCCGCGGAUAUCGAUGGCCACUCGCAGCUGCCGGGCUGAGACUGAGGCGGGGCGAGAGAAGGCUGGUCAACCGAGGGAUAGGCCGGCAUGAUUGAGGUGGCUGACAUUGGCUGCUCUGCUGCAGUGCAAGGUUUGUCUGCAAGGUCGAGAGGCGUUGGAUGUCAGUGAUGCACCAAGGCAGAGGAACGAAGAUCUGCUUGGUCGAAUGGCGAUGUCCGUCUAGUGUGCGACACAAGGGCGAGGAGACCGGGGACGGAGAGAUAAGCGAGCAG